AUGUCGUUCAGAUCGUCCGCACCCAAAGUCACUGGUACCAGCAUGCCUGCAAACUCGGACCAGUCAAGGGCGUCCAACAGUGGUAGACGAGGUCAGGAUGUUGAUGCUGGUGGCACAGCCCCUCCUAAAAGAUCCACGAGAUUUCGGAUAUCUGCAGCCAUGAAUCCAGCACCGACCGACAUCGACGAUCCAGCGACCUCUAUGCAUGCUUCACCAGCGCAAGCACAGGCACAGGCACAGGCACGAAAACCACCUCCUUCCUCCUUUGCCCAACCUGGUGUGAGCAACAACGAGCAUUCUGGUAUAGAAAACAGUCAGAAUGCUGGGCCUCGGUCGUUUCUGCAGACGAGAAGGAGGCAGCCUUCGACAAAUACUGCGAAAUUACCUCUGGGUCCGCGCUCGAUCGAACUACACUCACUCAGUAACAGAGCCAACACUAUUGCCAUGAACGCCACGUUUAGCAGUUUCAGCGAUACUCCUCCUUCUGACGAUACCCUCUCCUUCGAACCUACCAUGAACGAUGUAAACGAUUUCAACUUCGCAGUAAUAGACCCUGUCAAGACCGUGCCUCAAGAUGGACAAGGUAUGGCCGCUAUGCAAGCUUCAGCAUUUCAAGAACCGACUUUCAACUUUGACGAUUUUCACGACAACAUAACGACUACUCCAAACCUCAGCCACUUCCCACUUCCUGGUAGCGUCCCGUCCUUACAACCUCACGACCUUUCUGCAUUGUCGCAAGCGGAACAGAGGAAAGCUUCAUCGCAUACCACCAUUCCUAAACCCACACGUAAGGUGUCAGGAGCUGGAGCCGCAGCCCUGGCUCGCAAAACUUCCUCUGCAUCGACUACGAACAGGACAUACGUCGCCAAGACAGAUCAACCAGGAGUCGUAACCCCAAAUUCGGGCUCUGCUGCUCGAGGAAGACGUCAAAGCCAUUUCCCACCGAAUGCGUUCAACAACGCCAACCCUCCUGUAAAAGCAUCCAGAAAGUCUAUCGGACCUGGAACAGUCGCUCCACCAGAUGACAACGAGACUGAUGUGAGACGGCACUUGAGCAAUGGCGGCAGCAAGUCGAGCGCAGAAAGCAAAAGUCAUAAGCAGCAGGCACAACCAGGUCGGGAGGGUUCCAACUCGCCUAAAGAUGGAAAGACAAGACAGGCCCUGCUUCCUCACAGAACUCCAUCUAAAGACCUACUGACACCCUCACGAACGCCAGAUCCACAAAAGGCGGCGCCUUCACUUGGUCAAACAACACCUGGCAAACAAGCUGCAGUCCCAUCUGGCACUGCGACGCCAGGAGGCUCAAAAAGGAUGUCCAUGGCUACAGGUCUGGGCGCUAGGACCAUCAGUCCGACCGAUGCAAGACGCAUGAAACGCAUGUCGACGAUGCCAAUCGCCCCUCCUGUACCAAAUAGACGUAUCUCUCAGGCUCCUCCUACCCCCCAACCAGAACCUGUGGUGUUACGACCCAGGUCGACCGCUCAGUCUCCGGCAGUUCAGCACCGAAAAAGUGUGACAACCCCGUCAUCGUCAAGGACUACCCCAGAUCCGAAUCGUAAAUCUUAUAGCUCUGGCCAGUCUCUUUCCUCAAAUACCAGCUACAACUCAACAAGGAACUCUGCCCACGUGACACCCAGAGCUCAUGUUCAUGGCUCAACUUCAAGACUGCCUACGCCAAAGCCGAGAGCCGAAAACGAGGACGAAGUUCCUCCUGUGCCAGCUAUACCAAAAUCUUAUGAUUCACCAGCCAGCGAGAUUGAUCAACCAUUCUUUUCUGCUCGCUCGUCUGGUAUGCACGCCUCGAGUAACACGCCUGCAGAAAUCGUGGCUGCUAUUGACCUUGCGAAUGCUAUGUCGAUUCUAGAGCCUCCUAUGUCUUCGCCUGAGUCAUCACCGUCGUCACAUCUCAGUGAUCAACCGGCGUAUCCUGAUCAGGUCCGGACAAUUGAUGUCCCUGUACUGCAGCCAGAUGAGCCACCGGUAUAUCCUGAGCCGCCGCAGGAGCAUCUGCCGAAGACCCAUGACCGACAGAAACGAAGUCAGCCAAACCUGAGAUUACCUCCGCUCAACUUGUUGCCAUUGAGUACUCCGACGACGGCGAGGAUACAAUCUUUGAAGGACUCAAGAGCUGGAACUAUCGACACGCCAUCGACACCUCCAGGAGCUCGGAAUAUGAAGACACCUAGCACACCUAUGACAGCUUCAAAAGCGACAUUUUUCGCUCGGAACAACAGGCCGGCCGAGGAGCAAUCAAACACGAUUCGCAGCAGUACUUCUCAUUAUGCAUUGCGACAUGAAACUCAUCCGCUUGAUGCUGGAAGUCCGGUCUUGCCGGCGUUCAACUUUGAAGCUGAUAGUUCGAGCCACCGAAGCAUAUCACCUUUCAUCUCCUCUUCCCUGCCGAAGGACACGGGCGAAUUUGGCAAUUUUAUGCGGCCUAACUUUAGUACAGAAUUAAAACGCACAGCAACACUGCAAAAGCCCAACGGUCCUAGGGCGCCGAGCUAUUCGAUCUCUGUGAAACCGGACUCCUCAACCCCAAUAACUGACAAUUCAGGGAACAGCACGCCUUUAACAAUUGUAAACACAUUCAGUCAAAACGUGCAAAGGAAAAAGAGUGAUGCGAAAUUAGCCGAUCUGUCAGGAAAUGAUUCGGAAGCGGCCCGUUACGACAACAUGCCUCCGCCAAAGCUACCGGCUUCUGCAACCUGGUCUAACCUCUCGUCUAAAGCUUCUGCAAGCCCGACACAGAAACCAGGCUUCUUUAGGUCAAGAAGAAAGACUUCGGGCUCAAGCAAUCACACGCUAGAUCGCCAAGAGAGUAUGGAUGGUAUAACGAACCGUACCACCGAUACACGGUCAUCCCUCGAAUCUGCACGUACGUCUCUGAUGGCACAUACUAACAGGUCAGGCUCUAUUCUCGGCCAGAGUGCUACUAUGAGUUUAAAACCAAAUAUACGGCAAGAUUCGCCGGCUCCAGAAGAUCUUCUGGAUAAGGAUGAUCUUAUUGCUGAAGAUGAAAUGCGGAAACUGGCCUCUAAGCGCAGGGAUUUGGAAGCAGCCGCAAGGAAGCUAGACUCAUUGCGCGUCAGGGCAAAACCGGUGAAGCGUAUUUCUGCCUCCGCAGCUCUACAGACAAUCAAUCUGAACAUUUUCGAGCGUGGGGAAAUCAUCGACUUUCCAGAUGUCUACUUUGUAGGCACAAGGCAUGCUAAAAAGGUCAUUGGCGACCUGUCCUCUGCAGCCACCAAUUUCGGAUAUGACGAUGAACGUGGAGACUACAAUAUCGUGGAAGGCGAUCACCUGUUGUAUCGAUAUGAAGUGAUAGAUCUACUCGGAAAGGGCAGUUUCGGACAGGUCGUUCGAUGCAUCGACCACAAGACUGGCCAGCUCGUCGCUAUCAAAAUCAUCAGGAACAAGAAGCGCUUUCAUCAACAAGCCUUAGUUGAGGUCGAUAUCCUACAGAAACUGAAGGAAUGGGAUCCAAACAAGAAGCAUAAUGUCGUAAACUUUGACCAGAGCUUUUAUUUCCGACAACAUCUAUGCAUCUCAACCGACCUGCUAGAUAUGAAUCUUUACGAAUUCAUUAAGAUACAUGAUUUCAGGGGCUUCUCACUGAAGCUCAUUCGACGCUUCACGAAACAGAUGCUUGCAAGUUUGAUUCUGCUGCACCACAAGAGGGUGAUACACUGCGAUCUGAAACCGGAGAACAUUUUACUUGCCCAUCCUGCACACGCUGAUAUCAAGGUCAUCGACUUUGGUUCUAGUUGUUUCGAGAACGAGAAGGUGUAUACGUACAUCCAAUCACGAUUCUAUCGUUCUCCUGAAGUUAUUCUUGGAAUGUCAUAUGGCAUGCCGAUCGAUGUGUGGAGUUUAGGAUGCAUAUUGGCUGAGUUAUACACUGGCUAUCCGAUAUUCCCGGGCGAGAACGAACAAGAGCAAUUGGCUUGUAUCAUGGAAGUUUUUGGUCCACCAGAGAAGCACCUCAUUGAAAAGAGUACCAGGAAAAAGCUGUUCUUCGAUUCGAUGGGCAAGCCACGUCUGACAGUCUCUUCCAAGGGGAAACGGCGUAGACCUAGCUCCAAGGAUCUCCGUACAGUGCUCAAAUGCGACGACGAAAAUUUCCUUGACUUCAUCACUCGAUGUUUGAGAUGGGAUCCUGCGCGACGCAUGAACCCUCAAGAAGCCUUACACCAUGAGUUCAUUACUGGAGUCAAGAAAGCUCCGGUCGCCAACAGGCGAACUGUCGUGAGUGCUGUCAACUCGCCCAUGAAACGUGGAAACACCACUGUUGUUAAUGGUGCUGUGCGACCACUACCACAACCUCCAGCCACAGGAGGUCUCAGGCCACUAACAUUGGGCUCUCUUGCUAGCACCUCUCCAAGUAAGGCAGGUCCGCGACGACAAUCAACGACGGCUAAUAGUGGCCCUAUCAACGCAAAACGAACAUCGAACACGAUGGGAGGCACGAACGUCGGACGAAUUGCAGUGAAAACGGUUAAUGGAAGGACGGAUAUGGCUACGGCUGCUGCUGCCGCAAGCCUAGUGAGGUAA